CAGAAGUCUCCAACAGCGUCGACACUACCGAAAACGAUCCAAGUUUCCCAUAUUCGAAUUUAACAUUCCUGAACAUGAUUCAAUGUAACGAUUUCAUGUGUUGGUGUUCACACUGGGAUCGCUCUUCGUGGCUUCUAUUAUCGCUCUUCAAUAUAACUCCGAGGAAUUUGAUGUUGGGGCUAGAGCACUUUCUAUCUUGCGUGCCACGUUAUCCACGGGUGCCAUUUGGGUCAAUGUGGCUGGCAUAUGGUCACGAUUCGUCUGUCUUUGAGAGCUCCACCACAGAGAUGCUUUUCUAAACCAUCAAACUUAGCCGUGAGAUGGGGGCAAGAAUGCUAUAAGUUGACUCCCUCCCACCGAAAACUAGAAUCUUUUCUCCAACCAACUCGCCUAUUAACUAUCAUUCAACAUUCAACAUUCAACAUCCAACACUUCAACUGACCCAAAUACGCAUCAACAUGCGUUUCCACUUCAUCUGGCUCGUUCUCCUUGCAACUCUGGAGCAUGCAACGGGGCAGAGCUCCAUUGGCCUUUGCAAGCCCGCCGCGUCUUCUUGUGCAGCCCUGCCCGAGGCUUCUGCGGAACUCUGCUCGGAGCUUAUUGCAUCGAAAUCACUCUCUCAAACGGUCUGCUUUGUGCCCGCCGCAAGCGAAGCGGUUACGGUUACCAAGCCUGUCGUGAUCCGAGAAACAGAAACCAUCACGGCAACUACUACAACUGAGGUUACCACUACUACCUACUCAAAGAGCAGAACUAAGACGCUUCCUACCAUCACGGCGCUGUAUACCACAAAGGUUGUCUCCCGGACCGAUAUCAAGUGGCUGUACACUACGCUGCCCAAACCUCGAACAUAUCUGACUACAGUCGUUGUUACUACCACUCUGCCAGCCACAAAGACGCGCAGCACUACUUCCACGUGGGCUCAGCAGUCCUGCGAUGCCGGGAAUAACAAGCUGAAGCUUAGGAGAGGGCACUUGGGUGAAAGGGCCGCGCUUCCCCGUGACUGCUACUGCUAUUUGACAAGCACCUCAACCAGUGCCAUGACGAAAUCCACAACCAUUGUAGAAAGACCCACGGUUACCACGACCUAUACCAAGAUCGCAAGCGGAAAGUCCCCAACUGUCACCAAGCACGUUACCGUCAAAGAAACUACUACCGUCUCCAUGACCAUUGGUGCAGUCACUGACAUUUCCACCACCAUCACCAAGACCAGACUCUCCAAGAGCACAGCGACAUCCAUCUCUACUCGAUUCUCCAUCUCAUCUGUCACCGUCCCCUGGACCAAGACUGCCACAACGCGAACCAUCCCCGUCUCCACCGUCCAGGUCAACCCGUGCGGACCUACAGGUUAUGGCCGGAUCGAAAUCGGUGUUCCCGACUCCCCGGAACUCAUGGAGAGCAACCAAGUGUCCCUCCCAGGCAGCACCAACAUCAACAAGGACUGCUGCAAUGCCUGCUACAACACCCUCGGCUGUGUCUAUUGGGCUCGCAGCAACACUGAUGGAGCGUGCCUCAACUUCCAGGCCAUCGACUCGGCUGGAUGCUCGACCUCUCAGUGUCCCAACGGUUUCCCUGAAUUCGGUGUUUCCGACACUGACGAUGGCUACAGCUACUAUGCUGGACCUUGUGGAAGCGGUUUGGUGUGAGGCUAAGUAAGUACUUGAGAAGCGGAAUACGGAUCGAGUACCGUUAGGGCAGGGUCAGAGACCAGACUGAAUUAUUUUCAUUUGUUCUUGUAUUUAGGCUAGUCCAAGUCGGUCGUUACAUAGCAACAUAACAACACAUUCGCUCAAGUUAGCGUUUAUGCCUCCC